AUGCUGCCAACACGGUUAGCAGUACGUUUACACGGAAUACGACCUUCAUGUUUCGCAACCAGUCGGACUAGUAUGAUAGCUGUUCGUAAAGCACAACCUGAAAUCGAUAUAUCUUCGUCUGCUUCCUCAACUGAUCUCAACGCAAGUGCUUGGAAACGACAACCGUCCACUUCAAAGAUGGAAACGACUUCUCAUCUGCAUUUUGAUUUGUCAUCAUUGUUCGCUUGUGUAAUUGGUACGACAUUGUUAUCGGCAUGUGCGAAUGCGUGUAAUCAUCUUCUUGAAGCACCGUAUGAUGCGCAAAUGAAACGUACUCAAGCCAGACUUUUAGUCGUACACAGAUUUUCACCCCUUCACGCAGCUGUAUUCGCAUCUGUUGUUGCAUCAGCUGGGACCUGUAUACUCUGGGAUGGAUGUAAUUCUCUAACAGCAAUGCUUGGAUUGCUCAACGUCUUUCUUUAUGCAGGUGUAUACACGCCAAUGAAAAGGCAUUCAGCAGCAUGCACCUGGGUUGGUGCUAUAGUGGGGUCGAUUCCUCCAUUGAUGGGCUAUACAGCUGCGACCGGUACACUUGAACCAGCUGCUUUCGCUCUAGCUGCCGUACUUUAUUGUUGGCAAUUCCCACACUUCAAUGCCCUAAGUUGGAAUCACCGUGGUGAUUAUAGUCGAGCCGGAUAUCGAAUUAUGUGUGUUACUGAUGAAGCGUUGUGUAAGCGAACAACACUUCGGCAUUCGUUAGCAUUGCUCGGCAUUUGUUCUUUUGUGGUACCGUACAGCGGUCUGACGACGUGGUCUUUUGCGUUCGAUUCGCUGCCCGUUAACGCAUGUUUAUUGUAUCUUAGUGCCAAAUUUUUUUGCAAUCCUAAUGCAAAAACUUCACGUUCACUCUUCCGGUACAGUUUGGUUUACUUACCUCUGAUGAUGGUAUUAAUGGUUGUUAGCAAAUAUGGACAAGCAUCUGCCACUGAAGUUCAUAUUUCAAAGUGUGACCACGAUUCAUAG